AUGUCUCGCUCGACUCUGACCUUACCAAACAUUGAUGGUCGCCCGGUGCGUUUGAUAGGAUUAGUUUUGGAAAAAAAUUUGAAUGUUAAAGAUGUUUAGGUUUAGGAAUAUCGUUUCCUAUUGUGCUAGAAGUCAUUGUAGGAAAAUAGAUCUAAAAUUGCUCCACACUAGUAGCCGCCGAAUUUCUUCGUCCCUUAGGUUAACAUUGUGCUAUGCGAACUCUACAAGUGUGCACUGUAACCGUAUAAAAGGAAAAACUAAUUUUUUAUCAUCAGUUAGAAAGUUUUCUUCUGAUGGCCUCCCUUCCCACCACCGAGUGCCCCUCCCCGCCCUCUCCCCCACCAUGGAAAUGGGCACCAUAGUCUCCUGGGAGAAGAAGGAAGGGGACAAGCUGAACGAAGGGGACCUGCUUGCAGAGAUUGAGACGGACAAGGCCACCAUGGGCUUCGAGACCCCCGAAGAGGGAUACCUGGCCAAGAUCCUGGUCCCAGCAGGGACCAGGGAUGUUCCUCUGGGCAAGCUACUUUGCAUCAUAGUAUCCAAUGAAGAGGAUGUGGCGGCGUUCAAGGACUUCGUGGACACGGGAGAACCAGUUGCUGCCAAGCCCCCCGCACCCCCCGCAGCUGCACCACCACCACCGCCCGUCUCUGCUCCUCCCCCUCCCGCAGCCAUCCCCCAUGCGGCUGCGGUGGCUCCUCCCUCUUCAUCCAGGGUGUUUGCCAGUCCCCUCGCCAGGACGCUGGCUGGUGAAAAGGGCAUCGAUCUUGCGGGGGUGAGAGGGUCCGGUCCGGACGGCCGCAUCAGGGCCCAGGAUCUGGAGGGGGUCUCCCCCUCUGCUGCCCCCCUAUCAGGAGUGGCGCCCUCUGCUGGAUACGUGGACAUCCCCCUCACUAACAUGAGACAGGUGAUUGCACGCAGACUACUUCAAUCCAAGCAGACGAUACCCCAUUACUACCUCUCUGUGGACGUGGUUAUGGACAGGAUAUUAAACCUGAGGAAGGAUCUCAACGACAUGCUGGGUAAAGAUGGCGUCAAGCUUUCGGUGAACGACUUCAUCCUCAAGGCUUCAGCCCUCGCUUGCAAGAAGGUGCCGGAGGUCAACUCUUCGUGGCAGGAGACAUUCAUCAGGCAGUUCAACAGUGUGGACAUUUGUGUGGCUGUCAGCACAGAGGCAGGCCUCAUCACACCCAUCGUCUUUUCUGCCGACUCCAAGGGUCUAUCUACAAUCAGCUCUGACAUGAAAGCUCUGGCUGCCAAAGCUAGGGAAGGCAGACUGAGGCCCGAAGAAUUCCAGGGCGGCACUUUUACUGUGUCUAACCUGGGCAUGUUCGGAGUGAAGAACUUUUCUGCUGUCAUCAAUCCUCCUCAGUCCUGUAUCCUUGCUGUGGGAGGAACAGAAGACACCAUCAUCCCCGACGACAGCAGGGAAUCCGGCUACAGGACUGCCAAGGUGAUGAGCGUGACCUUGAGCUGCGACCACAGGGUUGUGGAUGGGGCUGUGGGGGCUCAGUGGCUGGCACACUUCAAGAAGCUGCUGGAGAGGCCGGAAACCAUGCUGCUCUGAUGAGCUGCCCAGUCGUCACGAUCAUCCUUAUUUGAUUAGCUUCCUGCCGUGCGGCAAACGAAAAGUGCAAUGGACUCUUCCCGCUGCCGUGUAAUGGACGGCGAAUUAGAUUGAUUUGUAUUUCCCGUUGAAUAAAAUUUAUUUAUGUU